AUGUCGAUUACUAAGUGUCACGUGACUGACCGCUAUAUGACCUUCAAAGCGGUCAGACUGUACGGCGCUAUGCAUUGGCCGACACGAGCCCUAUAUAGCACUGCAUUCAAUGCGUUUAGACUUCGAGUGAUAUUCUUCCAGAAGUCUAUUAGUUCCAGUGAUUUGAUCCGAAAGAGUGUCUCUAUUCACCGGUGCUCAAGACUUGAUCCACUGCUUCAGAUCCAAAGCCGUAAUAGCGGUGCAAACGCGGGCCAACACAACCAGCCGUCGUCUAUCGCGUUCACCAAACCGGCAGAUAUGGACCGCAUUCUCAAUGCAUUGUAUUGGGAUUACCGGCGAGACAUCGGCGCUGGCAUUGCGUAUCCAUUGGAAGUGCCCAACAGUACAUUUGUCCCGAAUAUGGCCGACAAUUGCCAUUUUAUUUUAGUGAUCACUAAAUGCGAAAACAGUAUCCCAUUAUUGCACAUGUUGUCCAACUUCUGCGCCAAUCACAAGCCGUCCAUCAUUUGCGACCCUUUUAUACGCGAUAAUGUGCCCAAUAUUAGGGUCACUUUGAAUUGCGUCCACUCCUUAGUCCAUGUAUUUGUCAAUUAUGUCCACCGAUUAGGACACGAAUGCCUUCACUUGGGGUCCAAUCACUGCACGCUUUGUUACAGCGAUAGCCACACCACCGCUGAGUGUACGCAAUGUCUGAUAUGUAAUCCAUAUGAGAGUGUGUGCAACGACUUUCGCAAAUGUGACAAAAACAAAGGCGUUGCAUUUAAGAAAUUGCCACAUCAAUUAUCAACUAAUGGAACCACUAGACGUCAACGAGAAAAGUUGAUACGUGAUGGCAAUCUAACGGUGCACUUCUCGAAGAUUGGAUCAAUAUAUGAGUACCACUACAAAGAGGGUGAAAUUGUAAGCCAUUUCGUUGGGAUGUGUGUCGAGAAGUGUAUUGGAUUGAGUGGUAUCGGCAGCCCUGCCGUGAGUGUCAUCAUCACUACGAAGCAAAAGGGGAAAAACAUUCAAACAAUUCUCUACUGUAUUAUCAAUAAUAAUAAAUGUAUGGAGAAUUCAAACACACUGUUUAGUGGUGUGUCGGCUAAUGAGUCGGCAAAAGGCAUUUCGCCCGUAGAGGCCAAACAUAAAGUGUUGAAACAUUGCGCUAACAAAGUGGUAUUCACGCACAACGGCGCUGGCGAUUGGCAUUCACUGAACAUUACUGGACAGGAUUUAAUGAAACAUAACAUCCGAAUCAUUGAUUUAUCGAAAUUACCAUAUUUUCAAUGUGACCAGGGUGAGAAUGGGUCGCUAUUUAAUUCAUUGGCAGAUAUUAGCGCUUUCCUAUCACUCGAUGACGACAACAAUGUUAAGCGAAAAAUUCAAAUCUACGACAAAGUGGUGAGAAGUUGUGCCUACCAUUCCAUCGAACAGAAUUCCAGGGCCACGUGUGCGGCCGGUCUUGAGCUGAUUCGCCGCCUCCGAGACCACGACAAACCAUUGCCUACAUAUCGAGAUGUAGCUCAGGUGGGAAAGCGAUUGAAAUUACACCCAAAAACCGCAGAUAUUGUAUACAAACAUUUGACUGAUAAAGACUCUGAAUGUGGAGAUAAUGCGGGAAUCGCUGACCAGAAGUACCGAAACACGGAUCAAACAAAGAGUUUUGGGAAAUAUGUGAACAAAAUAUGUUUACCGAACGGGAGAUCGAUUAUGUCUAAUGAACUUCUCAUUGAACUAACAAAAGGCAAACACUCGGCCCUCAACUCCAUAACGGGUGCCAACUCUGGAGGUCUGGCGCUUAACAUCACAUUUGCGGGAACUGUUAGUAUCAGUGCUGCCGGAAGUGAUGGACACGCAGUGAAGGUCUCAACCGCUUAUUUGGGAGGUUUGGGUCUUCUUCUGGGCCUAAAUGCUGAGCAAAACAAAGCCUUUUCAUUGGAUUCCGAAUCCAUUCCUUCGGAUCCAUUCCUCAAGAAUAUCUACGAAACAAACCUAAACUCUCAGAAAAUGUUAUCCACGUCUGAGACGGGAGUACUCGUAGCCCACGGGUCGGCCACCGGAUCCCAAAUCACGACAAACAACGGGAAACUGGAAAGUGGUUUAAUCGGAGGCUUUGUUGUCGGGUCUGUCACUAAAGUGUCCGCUAAAUAAACUUAAACU